AUGGCAUCAGAAAACUUCCCCAUCCAGCAUAAAAGAGCCAUCAACGACAUCGUCACGAAUGGCAUAGGCCGGUACAGCGCUUCCAGCACACUACAGGACAAGGACCGGUACCGGUACAGCGCUUCAACCACACACAAGGGCAGGGACCGGUACAGCGCUUCCAGCAGGGGCAUGGACCGGUACAGCACUUCCAGCACACACAAGGGUAUGGACCGGUACAGCACUUCCAGCACACACAAGGACCGGUACCGGUACAGCGCUUCAACUACACACAAGGGCAGGGACCGUUACAGCGCUUCCAGCAGAGGCAUGGACCGGUACAGCGCUUUCAGCAGGGACCGGUACAGCACCUUCAGCACACACAAGGACAGGGACCGGUACAGCGCUUCCAGCAGGGGCAGGGACCGGUACAGCGCUUUCAGCACAUAA